AUGUCGCUAUAUGAGGGGGCAGUCAAGAUCGAGAUGGCGUCACGCUCUCGCAGACAUAUACAAAAUCUGGCUGCUCUUGCUGUUGGAAUUCAAGUUGCUUCCACUUUCUGGAAUACUAAGAGUGGAGUAUGGAAGUGGAUUCUUGUCGACCUGAGUUUGGGAUCAUCGCUAGCAUUUGUUGCUCUCUACAUCAUAUACCAUAUCAUCAUCCAUGACUUGCAAUCCCAGAGAAUAACACGACCACUCGACAAUGUCGAAUUCCAACAAGUGCUGAGACUACCUUCACUAAAAACCAUACAAGCUUUCGCUUUAUCAAGCUUCUUGUUUGCUUUGCGUGGACUGUUAUCAAGUCAUGCCUCCUUCAAUCGUCAAUGGAUCCUACGGUUUGGACAUCAAGAACCUAAUGAGAAUAUCGGCUUCAUACUAGUGUAUCAUGUCUUGCUCGGAUGUGGGUACGCUUGGUAUCGAAGUGCUUCAGACAAGGAUCGAUUGAGGUUUCCUCUAGUCAAGCGACCAUUGUGGUUUAGACUAAAAUCACGAGCAUCAGCAAUGAUCAAAAACAUUUCCUAUUUAUCAUUCAUCGCAUUAUUGGGGUACAUGGUGUUUUACUUUAUAUUCUCAAGGCAGAUCUAUAGUCUGGUUGGUUUUGUGUUUAAGAUAUCGAAAGUACGAACAUUCUAUCGAAGCUAUUUUGAUAUGUCUUUACUAUUCCAUACAUUCAUGGGUGGAUUCGUUUGCAUGUCGGCUUGGGAAUGGAAUGAUCAGUUGAUGCAAGCUAUUUGGGCAGAGGUUGUUUCAACUAACAAAUCACCAGACCCAUACAAUACAUUGUUGUCUGGCUUGAAUGAAUCGAAGUCAUAUUACAAGCAUCUCGCUUAUGCAGAACUCGCUGACUUUGUCAGGAAUGACCCUAUGAGACGUGCAGAUGUCUACAAUGAUGUUGUCGUAGGAGGUCGUGUUACCACUUGGCCAGUCAUCUUGAAAGCAUGUCAAAGCACAUUAGAUGAAUUGACUACCUCUGUUGCCAAAUUUGGGCAAGGCAAGAGUUUGUCCCAACCAGCCAAACAACCACCAACAAUCCAAGAGGCAGCUAGACGAGCAGCUGCAAAAGCUGAUCCAACUAUAUUCCUACCAACAAAACCAGGAGCCGUAGAAUCAGUCUUCUCAGCAAUAUCUCGAGAUGGCCUAGCUAGACGACCAACACCAACAACAACAGCGGCCGCAGCAUCAACAACAUCCUCAACUCUAGACUCAACACCCUUCCUCUUACAAAACAAUCUAUCAGCUGUUCCCGCAUUUUUAGGUGUUGAUGCUAAUCCAGUCGCACAAGUGUCUGAAUCCGUAACAACAAUGAACAACACAGUGUCUGAUAUUAUAUGGAAAUACGUACAGAAGUUCUUGACACUCUUAUCUCAACAUCCUCGAACUGCUACCUUGGUCAAGACUGUUGGGUCUGUACUUCAAUUGAAUCCAGCGCCCGCUAGAGCUAGACGUUUAUUCGCCAAUGCACAGUUGUAUAUUUGGGCUUCAGAAACACUCUCAUAUUUGAUUGUACACUCUCGAAAAGAAGACAAGUAUGGUGUUGUCGCCAAUGAUCUACCUCAAGUCUUGGAAUCCACCAUCAAGACACUAGAUUCCAUAGAAAAGUAUAUAUCGAAUGCACGAUUAGCUGGUGCUAAUCAAGAAGGAAUGUGUCCACCUGAAGCUGGAGCUAUAUGUACAGCCAUUCGAACAUUCGUGUAUGCUGUGGUUGAGGCAUAUUAUGAAUACCUGCCAAAGUACUAUUUCUCACCAGUAACUAGUAAACGGUUGGCUGAAUUCACCACAUUUGCCAUAUGA